GAAAGUUUAGCAGAGAGAAAUUUUAAUGUGAGCCGAUUAUUUAUAGACCCGCGCGUGGAGGCUGGCGGAGAAUUUCCCUAAGAUGUUAAUUUAACGGGAUUGUACCGUACUUGCAGGCUGCAGCUCUUAAAUGUAAGUUUGAAACAUGGAAGAAAGGCAGCAAAAACUAAAACCCUAAUUCAAUGUAAGCAAAACCCUCCUGACAGAUUCAAUGAGAAGGCAAGCACCUCUCUUUCUCAAAUACACAUCUUCACUCACACCCUCAUUCUUCAAACCAAGAUUCAAAUUCUCCCAAUUCACACCUUCAAUCCCCAAUCUCAAUGAUAAUGAUGAUGAUGACGAUAAUAAUCAGCCUUCACGUAUUGUUGAUCCUUUCUUAGUCGACGAGUUUUCUCGUAUACGCGAUGCCGUAUCCACUUCAACUUCCAGUGAUUUAGGUAAUACUAGCUGCAAUGAUGUUUAUUUACUUGUUUGUGCUUUUAGAGAUAAUGAUGAUAAGUUAAUUAGACAAUUUAGACCUAAAUUGAAUGAGGACUUUGUUAUUCGUGUUUUCAAUUCUAUGCAAAAUGCUGAGUUGUGUGUUAAGUUCUUUUUGUGGGCGGGUAAUCAGAUAGGCUAUACUCAUUCUGUUGCGGUUUAUGAUGCGUUGUUGGAUGCGUUGGGGUGUGGGGAGAAUCGGAGACUAUCCGAGCAGCUUUUGAGUGAUAUUAAGAAACAUGAUAAGGAGGUUCUUGGGAAACUACUUAAUGUCAUGAUUACGAAGUUUUGUAGAACUGGGUGUUGGAAUGUAGCUUUGGAGGAACUUGGCAAGCUUAAGGAUUUGGGGUAUAGGCCGUCGAGGGGGACCUAUAAUGCAUUGAUUCAGGUGUUGCUACAAGCGGAUAAGUUGGAUAUGGCGAAUUUGCUUCACAAGGAGAUGCUUGAUUUGGGGCUUUAUAUGGAUAGGUAUACGUUGGGUUGUUUUGCUUAUACCUUUUGUAGAAAGGGGAAAUGGAAAGAAGCGCUUGACUUGAUCGAGAAGGAAGAAUUUACCCCCGAUACCGUGAUUUACAGUCAAAUGAUAUCUGGGCUGUGUGAAGCUUCGCUUUUUGAAGAAGCUAUGGAUAUUUUAAAUAUAAUGCGGGUUAAUUCUUGUCUCCCUAAUGUUGUAACAUAUAAGAUAUUGCUUUGUGGGUGCUUGAACAAACAGAAGCUGGGAAGAUGUAAGAGAAUUUUAAGUAUGAUGAUUACAGAAGGUUGUUAUCCAAGUCCUAAAAUUUUUAAUUCUCUCAUUCAUGCCUUCUGCAAAACUGGAGAAUAUUUGUAUGCAUACAAGUUGCUUAGAAAAAUGGUGGCAUGUGGUUGCCCACCUGGCUAUGUAGUGUAUAACAUAUUAAUUGGUGGUAUUUGUGGAAAGAAAGAGUUACCAAGUUUAGAUGAGCUAGACCUGGCUGAAAAAACUUAUAGUCAAAUGCUUGAUGCAGGGGUUGUUUUGAAUAAAAUUAAUGUCAGUAAUUUUGCCAGAUGCCUAUGUGGGGCUGGAAAAUUUGAGAAAGCUCAGAAAAUCAUUAGUGAAAUGAUGACCAAGGGUUUUACGCCUGAUGCUAGUACAUACUCACACGUUAUCAGUUAUCUGUGUAAUGCCUCAAAAGUAGAUAAGGCUUUCCAGUUGUUCAGUGAAAUGAAAAAGAACGGAAUUGUUCCAGAUGUCUAUACUUAUACAAUUUUGAUUGACAGUUUUUGUAAAGCUGGCCUCAUAGAGCAGGCUCGCAGCUGGUUUGAUGAAAUGGUUAGGGAUGGUUGUUCCCCUAACGUGGUGACUUAUACAGCUAUUAUACAUUCUUACCUCAAAGCAAGAAAGGUAUCUGAUGCAAAUGAGCUUUUUCAGCUUAUGGUUUCGGAAGGACACGCACCAAAUAUUGUUACAAUUAGUGCACUGAUUGAUGGAUAUUGUAAAUCUGGAGACACAGAAAAAGCUUGUCAGAUUUAUGCAAGAAUGAUUGAAGUUAAAGAAGCUCAUGAUGAUAAUAUGUACUUUGAGGUUGAUGACAACAAAGCAAUGGAGCCAAAUGUUGUUACCUAUGGAGCCUUGGUGGAUGGUUUGUGCAAAGCACAUAGAGUCAAAGAGGCUCGUAACCUAUUGGAUGUGAUGUCUUCAAAAGGUUGUGUGCCAAAUCAUAUCGUAUAUGAUGCUUUAAUUGAUGGAUAUUGCAAGGUUGGCAAGCUGGAAGAAGCUCAAGAGAUAUUUUCUAAGAUGUCCGAACAUGGGUACAGUCCAAAUGCUUAUACCUACAGCUCUUUAAUUGACAGGUUGUUUAAAGAUAAACGGCUUGAUCUAGCCCUCAGGGUGUUAUCUAAGAUGCUAGAGAAUUCUUGCCCUCCUAAUGUUGUAAUCUAUACAGAGAUGAUUGACGGUCUAUGUAAAGUUGGGAAGACAGAUGAAGCCUACAAGCUUAUGCUUAUGAUGGAAGAGAAAGGUUGUCAUCCAAAUGUUGUCACUUAUACCGCCAUGAUGGAUGGGUUUGGGAAAGCUGGUAAAGUUUCUAAAAGUCUUGAUUUAUUGGCACAGAUGGGGACCAAAGGUUGUGCUCCCAACUAUGUGACAUAUAGUGUUCUAAUAAAUCAUUGUUGUGCUGCUGGUCUUUUGGAUGAGGCCCUCCAACUUCUUGAGGAGAUGAAGCAAACAUAUUGGCCAAGGCAUAUAGCUAGCUAUAGUAAGGUGAUUGAAGGCUUCAGCCGAGAUUUUAUAAGCAGCCUAGGUGUUUUGGCUGAGAUAAAUGAAUGCGAGUCUAUUCCACUUGUUCCAGUUUACGGACUAAUGAUUGACUGUUUUCGCAAGGCUGGAAGACUUGAAAUAGCUCUGGAGCUUCAUGAGGACAUUUCAUCAUCUUUAGUGGAUUCAUAUAUAAAGACAGAUGCAUUUUCUUCUUUGAUUGAGAGUCUCUGUUAUUCAAAUAAGUUUGAGAAGGCUUUUGGGUUAUAUACAGACCUGAUACGCAAGGGUGGACUUCCUGAGAUCAGUGAUUUCACAAGCCUUAUUAAAGGACUUAUUAGAGUGGACAGGUGGGAAGAGGCACUUCAGCUUUCACAUGGCCUGUGUUGCAUGGAUAUUAUAUGGAUAACCCAGAAGAAAAACAAAUAAAGCAGACCAAAUUUGCAGCGACAGUUGCGGGCUUCACCUGUAGCUUGGUGUGAUGACUGUCUUCAGUGUCCAAGUUAAAUGGGUAAUAUCUCUGCCUUGAAAUGAACGUUGAAAGGAUUAUGCAUCGAAUUGACAGAGAACCACAUUUUCAGUAAAAGACAAGGUAGUGAAAGCAUACCCAUUGGGAUACAAUGCAAUGCGAUUUCUUCACUUUUGCUUCCUUUGACAAGAGAUGCAUGCCCCUUCACAGACUAGCACACAAGGGAGGUGUGAUCGAGGAUCCGAACACUUGAGCUUUUGGGCAUGAUGGAAGGGGAGAAGAAGCCUUUACCCAAGGCUAUGACUGAGGCUUCGACAUGAUGGCAUAAUUGCAUGUUCGAAACCUACUGGGCUUCUUAGCAAGUUACGUUCAGUGGAAGGAUUUACAUGCUAUUGUCGAUUGGUAUUACUGGAAACUCUGUGAAUAUCAUAUAACUGUAAGCAAUCAUGGAGACAAAAGCUAUUUUGAAGAAUACAGUCGCUAACAAUUAUUUACCCUGUAAAAUUUGCUGGAAUUAGAGAUUGUAUGUAGGGAACAAAUUUCUUGAAGGAGGUUUUACUUUCUUAUUAGUACAAACGACAAAUAAAUGAGGUGCGAGAUAGGGUAAUCAAUACUCUAAUUUUAACUCCGGUUACUGCAUUGUUUACUUGUAAUUGGAUUGUCAUAACUGUGAAAUAUUUUCAUGUUGCA